AUGGACAUUGUAAAUGUAACCUUUGAAAGUGGAUGGAAAAUAAUAAGGGAAGAGGCUAUUGAGAAAAUAGAGAAAUAUUUAGAGAAUGAGCAUAUUGAGAAAAACAAAAAUUUAUUUAGUGCUACAGAAUAUACAAGACUGUAUACAGUAGUAUAUAAUAUGUGUGCUAAGAAAAAUCCGUUUUGUUAUUCUAAAGAAGUUUAUAGAAAAUAUGGAGAGAGUUUAUCAAUGUAUACUAUAGAUAAAAUAAAACCAUUAUUAAAAAAUAGUGAUGAAUUAAAUAAAACUAAAAUAUUGAUUGAUGCUUGGUUUAAAUAUUCUUUUUAUACAAAAUGGAUGAAUAAAUUUUUAAGAUAUUUAGAUCGUUAUUAUGUAGAAUAUAAUAGUUCUUUAUGUCUGAGUGCUUAUACAAAAAACAUUUUCAAAAUAACAUUAUUUAAUGAAUUAAGAGAAGAUAUAAAAAAUAUUAUUUAUGAAAUUUAUAAUAAUUUAAGAUUACAAGAAGAAAUUGAUCAGAAAGAAUUAUUUUGUAAUAUUGUAGAAUUAUAUAAAGAAUUAGAUAAAGAAAGUAAUGAAAAAAUGUAUGAACAUGAUAUAGAAAAGAAAAUUGUUGAAAAUGUAAAUAAUUUUUAUAAAAAAAAAGCAGAAGAAUGGAUAAAUGAUUAUCCAUUUGAUGAUUAUAUUAUAUCUAUUGAAAAUGCUAUUGAAAAAGAAUAUGAAAAAAAUAAAUCCUUAAAUUUAAAUGAUGAUACAUGUGAAAAAGUAACUAAUAUUAUUGUUAAAAUAUUAAUAUAUGAAAAAUUAAAUACACUCUUAGAUAAUAAAAAUAAUAUAUUUCAUUUAUUAAAAAAUAAUAAUCUAAGUUCAUUAAGAAGAACAUAUAUAUUAUUUUCCUAUUUCCCAGAAGCUCUUACAGGAUUAAAAAAAAUUAUAGGAGAAUAUAUUAAAAUGGAGGGAAAUGAAUUAAAAGACAAAUAUGUACAACUAUCCAGAAAAAUGCACAUGUCAAAAAAUGUAAAUAAUAUACAAAAUAUUGACGAUAAUAGUAUGGAGGAUAAUGAUAACUAUAUAGAAGACAUGAACAACGACGACAAUAAUAACAAUAUUAUUAAGACUCAACAGAAGGAUGAUAUUAUAUUAUGUGAUUAUAUUGAACAACUAAUUAAAUUACAUAGCCAUUAUGAUAAUAUUUUCAAACUAUCCUUUUUUAAUAUAUCCAAUAAAAAUAUAGACCCCAAUUUUAACGAAUGCUUAAAAGAUUAUUUUGAAAGUUUUGUAGAACAUGAAGAUGAAUAUUUUAGUACUGUUAAAUUGUUAGUAAUAUAUGCUGAUAAUAUAUUAAAACGAGAUCUUAAUAAUGAAAAUAAUGUACAUGAAAAAGAAAAAAUACUUAUGAAUAAUGAAGAAAAAAAUGAUGAGGAAACAAAAUUCUUAAUGAAAAAAAUGUCAGAAAUUGUAGAAAUAUUCAAUUAUACUAGUAAUAAAGAAACAUUUUUUGAAUAUUAUAGAGUAUAUUUGGCUAAUAGAUUAAUUAAUAAUAUUUAUAUUUCAUUAAAUAUUGAAAAGAAAUUUAUUGAACAGUUAUAUUAUUUAUGUGGAUCACAAUAUACAUCCAAAUUAGGAGGUAUGAUACAAGAUCUAAUAAAUAAUACAAAUAUGAAUAAUAAAUUUUAUGAUCAUAUGAAAAAUGUAUUCAAUAACAACCAAAUUGUAAAUAAUAAUAAUAAUAAUAAUAAAUAUAAUCAUCAUUUUUCUAAUUAUGAUAAUGUUAAAGAUUUUUUUUCCGUCAAAAUAUUAAAUAAAGGUUAUUGGCCUACAUUAGAAAAAAUACACAUACAAUUAAAUGAACCAUUUAAUAAAUAUAUUCAAGUAUUUGAAGAAUAUUAUAAAUCAGAAAAUAAAAAUAGAAAACUCGAAUGGAUAUAUGAAUUAAGUGAAGUUAUUCUACAUUAUGAAUUUAAUAAUACUCUUUAUAAUUUAUAUUGUAAUUUUGUUAAUGCUCAAAUAUUAUUAUUAUUUAAUAAAUAUAAAUAUAUUAAUUAUGAUAUUGUUAAAAAUGAAUUACAAAUAGAUCUUAAAUCAUUUACUGAUCAUAUGUAUACAUCCUUUUAUCAUUUUAAACUGAUUACAUCAGAUGAUCAAAUUCUUGAUUGGAGUAAAUCUAAUUUUUAUAUAAACAAGAAUUUCUCCUACGCAAACAAAAAUGUCUACAUAAAAAAAACUACCGCAUUAUUAUCAAAAGAACAUGAAAAGACAAAAGAAGAUCGCACUAUGGCAAUUGAAGCUGCUAUUGUAAGGGUAAUGAAAAUGCACAAGAAACUUUUCUAUGACCAAAUAUUUGAUUAUGUCAAAAAAUCCCUAUCAAGCUUUUCUCCAACAAACCAAGUUAUUGAAAAAAAAAUCGAUCUACUGGUUGAAAGGGAAUAUAUUCAAAAGGAAGAGAAUAGCCAAAUUUAUGUCUACAUACCAUGA